GGCACGCGGCAGAGAAUGCGUGCGGCUUUGCUUUCCCUUCCAUCAACGAGUGUGGCAAGCAGGGCAACCGACCUGGGCCUCAACGCCCAUGGUCGCUUUAACAGUGGAGAAUAUUAUCUUACACUCCGGAAUAUACUCAGCCGCGUACCCACAGGGAGGAAGCAUCUGACCAAUCCCGACCCACCAUGUCAUCCAACUCGAGAUAAAUGCGGCUCUUUCUCUCUUUCUGGUACAAAUACCACCCCGUUUGCUCUGGUCGACAAACCCUCGGUGCCUUCUUCGCGCACCAUGCUGGGCCGCGGAGCGGAGAGCGCACCGUCGCCGGGCGCCGGGACGGCCGAGAAGGCUCUCUCCUUCAUCUCCCGGGGGUGGCGGGAGGUGCGCGACAACGCCGACGCAGAUCUCCGGCUCAUGCGCGCCCGCGCCAGCUCCUUCAAGAGUCUCGCCGAUCGCGAGCUUGAGAACUUCUUCAGUUUUCCGUCCGCGGGGCUCGCCUUCUCGUCCCCCUCGGAGCUGGAGAUCGUCAAGCGCAUCAAGCCCAAGCUGUCCGAGCUCCAGCAGGCCUACUCCGCCCGGGAUUUAAGCCGCAGGGUGCUCGAGAAGUGGGCCCCCAAGUCAACUAUUCGGAUCGAUAUGUCCUCCAUACGGAGUGUUAUCGUCUCCGAGGUGGAUGAGAUGGGGGAGAUCUUCGGUCUCGGCGGGGACGGAGCUCGGAGUCAGAAGAGGGUCCUGUGGAAAGGGGAGGCGCAGGAGGAGCAAGUGAAGGAGUGGGAUCCCAUUCGAAUCCUCAAGAUGUGCCUGAAGGGGUUAGAGCGGAAGAGCCAGUCAACGAGCAACGAGUUGGUCGAGAAAGUGAAAUUGAGCCUGGGAUCAUUUGUCAAAGAGCCUCAAGAAUCAAAAGAAAUUCUACCAUUGGACUUGCCUGAACUGUUGGCAUAUCUUGUUAAGCAGUCUGGGCCACUGUUUGAUCACCUUGGAAUACAGAGAGAUACAUGUAAUAAAAUUAUAGAAGCCUUGUGCAGGAGACACAAAGAUCACCUUGUUUCUCAUUCUCUUUCUGCAAAGGAGGCAUCCUUGAUAGAUGAGAACAUUGAUUAUCUUGAUCUGAGAAUCGCCAGUGUGCUCGAAAGUACAGGUCAUCAUUAUGAGGGAGGCUUUUGGACUAAUCUUUUAGAGCACAAGACAACAGACAAGAAGCGGCAUGUUGCAAUUGUAACAACUGCCAGUCUCCCAUGGAUGACUGGAACUGCUGUAAAUCCAUUAUUUCGAGCUGCAUAUAUGGCUAAAUCUGCAAAACAAGAUGUUACUUUGGUGGUCCCCUGGCUUUGCAAAUCAGAUCAGGAUCUAGUUUAUCCCAACAGUUUAAGAUUCAUUUCUCCUGAAGAGCAGGAAGCCUACAUAAGGAACUGGCUGGAGGAUCGGAUUGGCUUCAAGACAGAUUUUAAGAUCUCUUUCUAUCCAGGAAAGUUCUCAAGGGAAAGACGAAGCAUAAUACCUGCUGGGGAUACCACACAGUUUAUUCCUUCCAAGGAGGCUGAUAUUGCAAUACUGGAAGAGCCAGAGCACCUAAAUUGGUAUCAUCAUGGAAAGCGAUGGACAGAUAAGUUUAAUUAUGUUGUUGGUGUAGUUCAUACAAACUACUUGGAGUACAUUAAAAGACAGAAGAAUGGAGCUAUCCAAGCAUUCUUUGUCAAGCACAUCAACAAUUGGGUUACAAGAGCAUACUGUGACAAGGUUUUGCGGCUUUCUGCAGCUACUCAGGAGUUACCCAAGUCUAUCAUAUGCAAUGUUCAUGGUGUUAAUCCCAAAUUUCUUAAAGUUGGAGAAAAAAUAGCUGCUGAAAAGGAGCAGGGGAAUCAGGCUUUUUCAAAAGGAGCCUAUUUUCUUGGAAAAAUGGUUUGGGCAAAAGGUUACAGGGAAUUGAUAGAUUUGUUUGCGAAGCACAAAAAUGACUUGGAAGGGUUCAAGUUGGAUAUAUAUGGAAGUGGUGAGGAUUCACAGGAAGUCCAAUAUGCUGCAAGGAAAUUGGACUUGAACCUUAACUUUUUCAAAGGAAGGGAUCAUGCUGAUGAUUCAUUACAUGGGUACAAAGUUUUUGUAAAUCCUAGUGUCAGUGAUGUCCUGUGCACAGCAACUGCAGAGGCUCUUGCAAUGGGAAAAUUUGUGAUAUGUGCGGAUCACCCAUCAAAUGAAUUCUUCAGGGCAUUUCCCAACUGCUUGACUUACAAGACUUCGGAGGAUUUUGUGGCGAGAGUGAAAGAGGCCAUGAACAAUGAGCCUCAGCCUCUAACUUCUGAGCAAAGAUAUAACUUAUCAUGGGAAGCUGCAACACAGCGAUUUAUGCAAUAUUCAGAACUUGAUAAAGUUUUGAACAAUGAAGAGACUAUAAGCUGCAAAGCUAGUGGCCCGAAGGUCAACAAGUCGAUUUCCAUGCCAAUUCUCUCAGAGGCUGUGGAUGGAGGAUUAGCAUUUGCUCAUUACUGUUUCACUGGAAAUGAGAUCCUGAGGUUGUCUACUGGUGCUAUACCUGGAACACGGGACUACAGUAAGCAGCAUUGUAUGGACUUGCACCAGCUGCCACCCCAGGUGCAAAACCCUGUAUAUGGUUGGUAAUGUAAAGGUUAACAUGAUCAUAUUACUAUUACUUGGAUGGUUUCCCAGGUUUCAUGUACCUUGACUCUUGAUUUACCUGGCUAGUUGCUACUGGCAUAAAGAAAUAUAUAUCUAGAGUCAAUUGGUCUGCACAGUGCGAUCUGAGAUGUUGCGUGUAACAAUGAACAGCUGCUGAUACUAGCUACCACAGUUUGGACAAGAUUAGGAUGAUAUAUGCAGCUCGUGGUCCUCAAAACUUGAUCAGUUAGUCCAUUAUAGUAGUUGAUAUGUAAAUAGAACUUGGUUUAACUUUAUUAUUUUUUGGAUAUUUAUCAUAGCAAAGAGGUGCAUCACGCUGAGUCCACAGGACUUGUAAGACAUCUACAUCGAGCUAAAAGGUGUAUUAUUAUUAUUAUUAUUUAUUAUUUAUUCUUAUUCUUGUAUUUUAUGAA